AUGGCUCCAGUAGCUGACCCGUAAGUGUCCCCAAUGCUCAGCGUCGAGAUACCAACCUUUUGGCUGAGGCGACAGAAUCAUCUGCUUUUCAACGCAGCGCACCCAAGCCCAUCGACUGGGCUGAUGAUGGAGACAUUGAUGACGAUGCCAGUGAGUGCGGAAUGCGAUUCACGAUGGGCUGAUAAAGACGAUGCGGCGCUGAUCAACGUGCUGUCCCGUCCGGUUUUGAUCGACCUCAAGUCCCACCCGUGACACCUGGUCUGCCACCCAGGGAGGAACGAGAUGAGGGCAAUGGCGUCAAGGUCAUUGUGGAAUACAAGUUCAAUCCAGAAGGCAAGAAAGUCAAGAUCACUCGACGCAUCAGGCGCACCCUUGUCACCACAAAGGUCAAUGCUGCUGAGGCUGAGCGAAAGACGUGGGCCAAGUUUGGUCAAGAGAAGGGAAGAAAGGCGGGUCCACACUCUAGCACCACCACAGUGGGUGAGAACGUAGCUUUAAAGUUUAGCGCUGGCUCCACAAAGAAGGUGAGCGGCCUCGUCUUUCCUCGGCGCCCACCGUUUCGAACUUUAGUACUUGCGUGCUCACCACACCUGGUGUGUGUCACUGCAGGACGAGCCAGAAGUGGAUGAGCAGGCAGCGCUGCGAAAGCAGCUGCAAUCCAAGAAGAUCACCUGUCGUCUCUGCAAGGGAGACCAUUUCACCUCCAAGUGUCCCUACCGCGAUACCCUCGAAGCCAUUCCUGGAGCAGCCGACACUGGCGCCGAGCCAGAAGUGUCGGAUGCUAUCGCCGACCCCACAAACCCUGCUGUGGCUGCAGGCACUUCUGGCGCUGGUGGCAAGUACAUUCCUCCUUCUAUGCGUCAAGGGGCGAACCGUGGUGCAGGGGAGCGUAUGGGCGGACCUAUGAACAGGGAGGACAUGCCUACACUGCGUGUCACGAAUCUCAGCGAAGAUGCAGACGAGGAGGAUUUGCGCGAGAUUUUUUCCAGAUACGGAAGAGUCAUCCGUGUCUACAUCGGCGUGAGUAGCUGCGCUGUGUCGCAUAUCUCUACCCUUGGCCACAGAAUGCCAAAGUAUGGUGCUGAUUCGCUUUCAAACUCCCUCCUCACAGCGAGACCGCGAAACUGGCGAGUGCAAAGGCUACGCCUUCGUCAGCUUCGAAAGCAGAGAUGAUGCCGACAAAGCCAGACAAAAGGUGGACGGCAAAGGGUGCGUAGCUAAGGCACCUCCGGGUCUCCAUCAUAUCACGCGCAGCUCUUUUGACCUACCUCAUUCUCAUCUUUUACCCCAAAACAGGUAUAGCAAUCUCAUCCUGUCGGUCAAUUGGUCCCAGCCUCGUGGGGAGCGACCAGGCGGUGCUUAG